AUUUUGAUCAACAUCAAUUGUAUGUCUGGACAUGACAUGAACAAAAUUGAAUAAAUAAGAAGCUUAGUAGAGAGAAAUGCCCCUUAAAUAGUUACCCUCCGUCUGGACUAUGGCAGUUCCAUUUUCUCCCCAAGACCUUUUCUUAGUUUUCAUACCAGUGCAUAUCCUCUCUCCACAAACAAAUCUCUAAACUCCUUACCUCUCUAUCUUACAUAUUCUCACAGCCUCCAUCAAAGAACAGACAGAUGCCGCUUGAUGAAGUUCAGCAGUGGGUGAAGAAGCGAGUUGACAAGAAGCCGGUACAAGGCCCGCCGUCAUCGCCCGCCUACAAGGCUGAGCCACCAGUCUACACAGUUGAACCGCCUGCGUACAUGGCUGGGCCGCCUACCUUCAUGGCACGCAGACGUACUGCUGAGCUCUUCACGCCAGAAGGCCGCGGGAACUUCGUCAUGAAGCAUUUGCGCCUGGAUCCCCUGACAGCCGCUACGUAUGAACAGGCAAUCCAAGAUGGCACACACAUGGUCGGUAUGCAAGGCUACAGUGAUCUGUGUGAGACUCCCCAGUCAGUGCUUGAUUUCUGGGUAGCGAAGGAGCGCGGUGAGAACCCUGACCGCGUCGAGAAAGUGCAUACUUUCGUCAUGGUCCCGAGAGGAUACCUCAUCUACCUGGAAGAGCUGACCAAGGCAAGAAGACGCGGCGAGAUCGAGCGAGAGGUUGUUGCGCUUCAGGAGAAGGCGCAAGAGAAGUUCUAUCCGGGACUUGAUGGCAUCAUGCGAUCAGAGUAUAGAUACAAGAUCAACAGACUGGAAAAGGAGCUUGUUGAACUUCAAGCCAUCGGAGGGCACCGGUAUCUUAACAAGUGAUGAUUGUCGCGGGGUAGAGGGAAACGUGGGAUUCUGGGGGUUUGACUUUUAUUGCUAGAUGGUUUCGAGAAGAUCGUAUUGUGGCAAAUACACGAAAGAUCGCGUUGGUCGGGGGUCUGUUCGGCUUGCAACGGUUUUGCGGUGAGGGGGAAUCAUGAAGGUUAGCUUUUGCUUUUGAGGAUUCAUUUACAGAUUUGAUGUGGAGUAUAUGUGGCGUCGGUAGUUAAUUGAUUUUGUGCAUGAAAUCUCUCUUAGGUCUUGAUAUUUUAGUACAUGCAGGCAGGACUG